AUGUCUUUUAAUGCAAUCUUAGUAACAAGCCAAGAGAGUGGACAGACAGACGCCAUAACCGCCGUGCUUACGGCAAAGGGCGGUACACUUAAGGAAUGUGCACAAAAAGUUGGCAUUAAUAUUCCCGUCGCGGUCAAAUCGAUCGUAGAUCGCUACGCGGUGGCACUUCGUCGCAAUUUGCUGCUGACUGCUGAGCAGCUACCAUGA